AUGCACAAGCACAAUGUAACGUUCAAGACGGUCGUUGGUGAAAGCAAUUCUGUUCAACCUGAUAUGAUAGCAUCUUGGUUUGAAACCACUUUACCAACAUUAUUAACUAACUACAAACUAGAAGAUAUUUACAAUGCCGACGAAUUCGGUCUCUUCUACCAAUGCUUGCCAAAUAAAACGUAUCACUACAAAUCCGAAAAAUGCUCUGGGGGUAAAAAUAGCAAAGUCCGAAUUACCGGGCUUGCAGCUGCCAAUGCUGUCGGAGAUAAACUACCAAUGGUUUGUGAUUGGUACAGAGCGCAGAAGAAGAGUUGGAUGGACAGCUCUCUUUUUGAAGAGUGGGUGCGAGAAAUCAAUGCAAUGUUUCUAAAAGAAGGUCGAAAGAUAGUCUUGAUCAUCGAUAAUUGUCCCGCUCACCCUGAUGUCGGUGGACUGUCCAACAUUAAAUUGAUUUUCUUACCUCCAAAUACAACUUCUGUGUCACAACCGAUGGACCAAGGUGUCAUAAGAUGUCUUAAGUCUCUUUAUCGCCAAAAAUUGGUCAACAUGAUGAUUCAAAACCUAGAAAAAGGCAAAGAUCUUCCAAAAGUUUCAAUUCUGCGUGCUCUUCAAAUACUUGUUUCGUCGUGGGACAAAGUGAAGAAAGAAACCAUCGUAAAUUGA